GUACUCCAUCAACAACUAUCUGUAAUCUGUCUCAGUCUCUCUCUACGAAACCCAGCUGUACUCUGCAUUUUUUUAUUCUUUCUAAUUCUUCCAAUUUUCUUUUUAAUUCUUCCGUUUCUCCCUCUUCUCGAAACUGAUUGAUUUUUACUCUGUAUUUGCCCAUUUCUGUAAAGCUAGAGCUACCAACUCAUACAGGAAUAACGAAAUCUCAAAUCCCACUAUUCAUACGCGUUUUCACGCCCCAUUUUCAUAUUGACUAGCUCAGAUACAAGAUCUUUCACGCAACAAUGGAGUUGGGACACAGUUUCUGUCUCUCAUUUUUACUGCUUUUAUCUCUUUCGCUGUUUGUAGGCUUUUCUUCAUCCAGUUCUAUCUCAGAUGGUGUUUUUGUUUCUCAAUCUUCCACUGGGAGAAAUCUCCUUCAGGCUAAGAAAGCAUGCCCGAUAAACUUUGAGUUUCAAAACUACACCGUGAUCACCAGCCAAUGCAAAGGACCACAAUACCCCCCCAAGCUAUGUUGCGGUGCUUUCACAGAAUUUGCUUGUCCUUAUGCGGAGUAUUUGAAUGACCUGACAAAUUAUUGUGCUGCUACCAUGUUCAGCUACAUCAACCUCUAUGGCAAGUACCCACCUGGUCUCUUCGCCAACGAGUGUAAAGGAAAUAAGAACGGCCUCGAGUGCCCUGCACUAUUGCCAUCAGAGUUAUCUAAUGAUCACAGUGGCACUUAUAUCAACUAUGGUGUUUUUGUUUCUCAAUCCUCCACUGGGAGAAAUCUCCUUCAGGCUAAGAAAGCAUGCCCAAUCAACUUUGAGUUUCAGAACUACACCGUGAUCACCAGCCAAUGCAAAGGACCACAAUACCCCCCCAAGCAAUGUUGCGGGGCUUUCACACAAUUUGCUUGUCCUUAUGCGGAGUACUUGAAUGACCUGACAAACGAUUGCGCUUCCACGAUGUUCAGCUACAUCAACCUCUAUGGCAAGUACCCACCCGGUCUCUUCGCCAACGAGUGUAAAGGAGAUAAGAAAGGCCUCGAGUGCCCUGCACUAUCGCCAUCAGAGUUGUCUAAUGAUCACAGUGGCACUUAUAUCAACUGUAAACCAUCUUCCAUGCUAGUCUUUGCUGCAAUAUUCUUAGUUUUGUUAGCCCGGUUUAUCUGAAGCUGUAUUAUACUGAAAUGUUUAAAUCUGUGAGGCUGGUAUUCUUGUAUUUUUCAACAGUAGAGCUUAAUGCAUAUUUAUAUUACACGAAAUGUGUGUAUUUAAAAUCUUGGAAGACAAAAUUCUUUUGAUGACAUUAUUGUUUAAGACGGUGCAAAUAUUCAGAAAGAUUUGUUUGUUUAUUGAUCUUUAA